GGUCGUCUGUUUCUUUGAUACCAGCUAGAGCGGAAAAUACUGAACAAGAUCGCGAGUCAUUUUAGGCAGAUUUGUGUGUUGGGUAUCAAUAUUUUUCAUCGUGACGAGAGCUUUAAAGAAGCUUUCACAAGAGCUCGCCCUUUGAGAGAUGGGCAACACUCCGACGAAGAGAGGAGACCCAGAAAAUGGUAUAAUAAAUUUAGCGGGGGCAUCUGUUGUUAUACUCAACCAAGCGAAAAAACCUUAAUGUUUUGUUUUCGUUUCUUGUCCUUAAGUAAAAGCUUUCCUGACCGAGGCCAAAGAGGAGUUCAAUCAAAAAUGGGACCAUCCCUCUCAGGUGAGCAAUUUCUUCUUUAUUCAGUUAAUUAUACAGUCACAUCUUCGUUCGGUUUCAACUAAAAUAUAUUCACCUUUUUCGUGUACGCUUUUGUUGGGUGAGACUUGCAAAUUAUUUUAAACGGUGUUCUGUUCUUGAGAGAUCGUGUUACGAACAAUUGUGCUUGAUUUCUUGGCGUGCUCAAAGCAGAACAGUAUUAUUUUAAGUUUUUUGUAUUUUGCAGACCUAAACGUGGUUUUCUCACAAGAGUAUAUUUUCUUUGUUGAUUUUCCAUGUCUUUCAUGUCAUUUCUGUUUGAUGCAUUCAGAAUACGGCUAGUUUGGAGGACUUCGAGCGAUUGAAGACCCUGGGUACCGGAUCAUUUGGUCGGGUUAUGCUCGUUCAACAUAAGAGCAGCAACAAAUUUUAUGCUAUGAAAAUUUUAGAUAAACAGAAGGUAAUUUUAGAUUUAUUCAGAUGCAUGUAAGCUUAUUUUGUAAGGGAGCUGUGCGAGGAUUAGUUUUCGAGAGACUGAUUGACAGUGGUAUAUGUUUAACUUGCGCGAAAAUUCAGCGUUACGAAUCGUCACUUCUCAUUUUGUACAUUUAUCAUUGCCGUUGAUUCUUUUAACUGGUCCUUAAAUCACUCUGCUUUAUCAGACAAAUGCGUUUGUGAUGCUCUCAAAUUUCAGUCCGUCAUGUGAAAUGUACAGUGUAAGUUGUUAAUAACAAGCUGCCGUACACAUUUUCAAAAGUUAAUUUAACAUGCGUUCGUCACGUUUUAAGACAACUUUAAAAAAAAUAGUUGUACUGGACCUAGGUUUUUACCAAGUAUUUCUCCAGACAUCGAAUUACCGCAUUCUUUAUGCGCUGUGUUUGCAGUAGUUGAUCAUCUUCGGUGUGAAUGAUUGCAUUUUGUAAGGCUUGGGGACCAAUUUUUAAUGUAACAGGUGUUAUGAUAAAUUAAUAAUCUUGAUUUGGACUACAUUUAACUCUGGUGACUUGCCUCAAACUUGUAGGUGGUGAAGUUGAAGCAAGUGGAACACACUUUAAAUGAAAAAAGGAUUCUGCAAGCAAUAACUUUUCCAUUCCUGGUGAACCUGGAAUGGCAUUUUAAGGUUGGUUGCUUGCUUAAGUAAACUUCUUUUCAUGAUCAAUUAGCUGCAAUGGAGUAUACUUGUUUAAUUUCAUAAGACGAGUAUUUAUUCCAUCACUAAAUUAAAUUUAAAUCAGGUAAAGUUGCUUAUUUUCAAUGUUAGAUAUAUUUGACUUAAGACAGAUACAUUCCUCAUAUAUUCAACUAUGUAUAUGUUAAUACCAUUGUGAUAAGUAUGUUGGCCAGAUGAAACAAAGGCUCGUUGAAAAUAUAGGAGAAUGUUGUUAAUAGGACUCACUUUAUGUGUGAACCUGGAAGACUUGAGUAUGUCAUUUGCUGUUCGAAUGCACUCUUGACAAUGAUUAUUUUUCUUAGAACUUGAAGGUUUUGUUUAUUAUUCAGUACUGUAUGGCAUUGGCUUAAUAUCUUCACAGGCACUGGUUUAUUUAGUUCACGAAAUACUCCUGUUCUCCUUUGAGGCUUUAUUGGUUGUUGCCUUAAAAUUUGGUGCUUUCUUGUCAUGUACAGUACUUUGUUACAGACCAGUCCUUUGUACCUUAAAACAUUUUACAUAAUAGAAUGAUGUGGGAGCAUUACUUAAAAUUAUGAUUGGUUGUAGAUAAAAAGAAUGUUCACUGAAGCUUACACAUUCACUAUAAUUAAGAUUGCAAACACAAUAAUUAGCAGUAAAUGCUUUUCAACAUCUACAUGAUCGGCAUCAUGCAAGCCCACUUGGAAAGCAACAUUUACUUGUAACCUUCUCAGAAGGCAAUGUGUUGGGGAAAACUUGAAAAUUUUACCUGAGCGAUUGUUCUUUCCAAUGUGUUCAUGUUGAAGGGCCAACAUAACCUUUCUGUAUUUUGACUGUUCACGAGUAGUCUUCUAUGCAACCUCUAGAGUGGCAUUGAAGGCAAUGGGAUGAAUUCAUACCCCAAGAUGUCACAACUUUGUGAUUGUUUCAGGAUAAUUCCAACUUGUACAUGGUUCUGGAAUUUGUUCUUGGUGGUGAGAUGUUUUCUCAUCUACGACGUAUUGGAAGAUUCAGGUAAUAUCCUAAUAUUUGUAGAAUUAUUGAACUAAAUCUGUAACUUCUAUCCAGAAUUACUUUGUCCAUGCUGUUUCGAGGGUCAGAGAGUUAAAACCGGGCAAUAAGGUGUUAUAGGGAGCUAAAUUUCAAUGGGCAGCACUGCUUUGGUUUAACUCACCUAGCCCUUACUACAAAUAUCACAUCUUAUCUUUACAGAAAUUCUUUUUUUUUUUUAAUAUCUUCAAAAUAGAACCAUUUCAUUAUGUCAAAUUUGGUUUUAAAAAAAUGGGUUGAUUUUGAAUGACCUAUUCCAAAAUUUUGUUUGCAAAAAACUGCAAAAGUUUGCAAGGGACUGUUUCUUCUAGCACUGUGUAUAUAAAGACUGUAAAAGCAACUUUAUUUUAAUUUUACGCUAUAAAGGCUUAUCAUGGAGUAAAUAAAUUACAGAAGUUUGGAAAACAGCAAAAAAUACAUAUGGUUAAUCAAGGAAAGCUGUAAUAUCUCUAAAUUUUCUAAAUAUCAUAGAGACUUCGUAAAUAUCUCACAAAUAUCCGGGUAAGUUUGGAAUGUCCGGAAUGGACCAUUUAUUUAUUUAAGUGUCAUCUUUUCUUCUGUUUCAGUGAAACACACUCAAGGUUUUACGCUUCACAAAUUGUUUUGGCAUUUGAGUAUCUUCACUCUCUAGACCUUAUAUACAGGUAAAAUAACAACAUCUGGUCCAAUAUGAUCCUGAAUAUUUUGAAGUGGCAAUAUUUGUUUCCUGUUAUGUUCCUGUACUGAAAGUUGUUAAGACAUUUUCGUGGUUUUUCCAUAGCGUUUUAUAGUUUUUCUGUGCUGUGCAUUUUGCAUAUUUGCUCUUUCAUUUGAUAGCUGAACACUUGUUUUUAACAUGCUCUCUGUAUGACUUAUAAUACUGUUGUUGAUGACUCCCUAUCCUUUCUUUGUCCGUUUAAAAAAACAUGUUUCAUUUGGUUGAAACAGUUCUAAAACAACUCCCUUUUUAUUUGCAUUUUCUGGCAUAUUUGUGAGGACGUCAAAAAGUAUUCAAUAUCAAAUGAAUUGCAUCUUAGGAUUAAGGGCUUGACUUUAAAUUUUGAGAUGUAGUUGUUAACCAUUUAAAUUAUAUAAGAGUUUUCAGACAUUUUCCUUCUGUUGUGAUGUGACUUCUAUCUUCUCCCACAGGGAUCUAAAACCAGAGAAUCUUCUCAUUGACGAGAAAGGUUACUUAAAGGUAAAUUAAUUAGUAGUGAAGUUAAUGUAAUAAUCCAAUAUUUGUGGGAUAGCUUUUUCUCUCCUCUGCAGAACUGUUCUAUGGAGGUUCAUAGGAUAAUUUACUUAUCAUUCUGCAGGUAACAGAUUUUGGGUUUGCCAAGAGAGUCAAAGGGAGAACAUGGACGCUUUGCGGCACUCCAGAAUACCUAGCUCCUGAGAUCAUCCUCAGCAAGGUAAAGGCCUCAUUACUUUCUUCAGGGUCCAGAAAUUUUAUUUUGGAAUUUUUCAGGGCUGGAAAGUCCUGAUAACAGACUAUAGGUCCUGGAAAGCUCUGAAAAUCUGCAUAAACCAAGUGAUAAAGUUUUCAUAACUUACACUAUAAGAAAUGUAGGUUUACAGUAAUGAGAAUUGAUUUUGAAGUCUUGGAAAUGAUAGGUUUUAAGGUGAAAUUUGGAGUCUUGGAAAAGUCAGUCUAAGUGCAGGAAAAUCCUGGAAAAUUCCUUGAAAUUUGUGUCUGAAGAAGAGUACAAACCCUGUUUCUUCAUUUUCAUCAUUGGUAAAGCAUGAAUCUUUUCAUUAGAUUUUCCUUUGGUUGAUCACUGUUGGAAGUCAAGAAGUCAACUCUGGUGUUAUAAAACUAAUGAAAUUCUAUUUAAUGUUGGUACAUGUAACCUGUUUUGAUGUUAAGCAUUUGACCCCAAAGAGUGACUAGCUUGAAUUUCUCCUCAUGAUAUCACCCCCUAAUCAAAGAUGAAAGUCACAAGAAUAAAUGAAAUGAUCAACUAUUAUGAGAAGUUCUUGAUUGUUCUGCAAAUUCUCCCUCUCAACACUUUAGGAGAUGUGCAGAGAACAGUAUGGAGAAUGUACAUACUGAUGUUUGGGUGUGAAGGGUUAACCAUUUUAUUUUCUCUUCAGGGUUACAACAAGGCUGUAGAUUGGUGGGCAUUAGGUGUCCUUAUCUAUGAAAUGGCAGCUGGUUACCCUCCUUUCUUUGCUGACCAGCCAAUUCAGAUCUACGAAAAGAUUGUCUCUGGCAAGGUAAUUGUGAUGUAAUGAUUGAAAUCUUUGCUUAGGUUCAUGUAUGUGAUGUUCAAGGAAGUGUAAGGGAGACUGAUUUUUGUUAGCUUCAGACAUCAUAGUACGUCUGUUAAUAAUACUUGCAAUCUUUUGUUUAACCCCCUUUGCAUCCAGGUACGUUUCCCAUCUCAUUUCACAGCUGAUCUGAAAGACUUGCUUCGAAAUUUAUUGCAAGUUGACCUAACAAAAAGAUACGGGAAUCUAAAGAAUGGCGUGGGAGACAUCCGUGGUCACAAGUGGUUCAGUUCCACAGACUGGAUAGCUAUCUAUCAAAGAAAAGUAAGGAAUACUACCAAUAUAUAAAAUAAAUAAAUAAAUUAUAAAAUAGCCAUUUUCCAAUUUGCUUGAAGGUUUGUGCAAAAUUCAUCAAUGCCUAGGAACAUUUUUUAUCUAAAUGGUUUCCAUUCUAGCAUGUGAUCUGACAGAACAACAAAGCAUCCACAAUAACCUCACUACCUACAUACUUCUUUCUAACCUUGUUUGAGGUCUGUACUGUCAGAUAGGGACCAAGUUUUACUUGCAAUCAGAUGUAUUGUAAAAAGUCCAAGCCAAAUAAACCAGGUUCAGUAACUUUCAGUAGGGAAUGAGAAAGUGAGGUUUGGAAUAUAUUUAUUAUAUCUCUUUAAUUCAAACAAACUGUUGAAUUGAGUUGAAUGUACUGUGAAAAUACAGCCUACUGGAUUGAUCAAUCCCAGUGCAUGUGCGAACUGAGAGAUAUAAUUAUAAUAUUUCUUAUUUGCCUUUUACUUUUUAACUUGUUGGUAGCCCCAUUGUGCUAAGUAAUUUUCUUGAUGUCAUGAUGCAGGUUGAAGCCCCCUUUAUUCCCAAGUGCAAAGGUCCAGGAGAUCCAAGCAAUUUUGACGAUUAUGAGGAAGAACCACUGCGCAUCUCUACCUCUGAGAAGUGCGCAAAAGAAUUUGCAGAUUUCUGAAGAGUAAUCCACCAACCUAAAAAAAAACUAUUAUGUACCUAAGUUAUCCUAAAAUGUACAGAACAGUGACUUUAAUAUAUCGAACAUUCUUGAAGAGGAACAGGCAAGCCCUCGACAGACAGACAGACAGACAGCAUCUUGCAUGUUGCCUUUUUUCUUAUUGUUCCUUGUAUUGUUCUAGAUCUACUUCAGAAAACCCUUUUAUUUAUAUAAAACAAUUCAAUUACAGUAGAUUUCUGCAUAAAGAGUUUUUUAUAGCAGGCAUGUUAAAUGUUUUAUUUGUAAAUUGUGCAAUCUUAAAUUUGAAAAUUCUUAUUUCAUGACAUGAGAGUUCUCUAUAUUAUCCGAUUGGAGUUCCAUCGCUGUGUUCAUGUUUUUAUCUUAAAAAAAGAUUUAUGUGCCUGCAAAAUUGUAAACAUCUGCAUAAUUUGUUUCCUUGAACAGUUAGACAUCUCCAGUAGUUUUGGAUUAUGCAAAGGUUCCCAAUUCUAGAAAAGGAUAAAUUUAUUUAUUUGUGAGACAUUCUCAGCAAAGAAAUAUCAUUGCAAUUUAGUUGUGUCUUCCAAAAUGAUUUCCAUCACAAAGCAACCAGUGUUCGGAUUCUAUGUUCGGUAGUCACUGUAUGUUUUUAAUGUCCCUUGGUUGUUUCUUAAAGUUUGAAAAAAUAUAUAUAUUCUAGAAUGUUACACAUGCCUUGUAUGUUUAUUUAUAAUCUAGAAUUAACCCAGGGCAAUAAAAUUUAAAGAAUAAAAUGGAAUUAGAUGCAG